UUUCUUCUCGGUUCGAUAUCGAAUUUUACCGUCAGUCGCAAAGCUAAACUCGUCAAGUUCAAACGGGUAUUCUCCGGGAGCUAUUCCGAGUUUCUUGUGGAUGUGAAUUGUUGUGUGUUUUUGCUGAAACAUCAGGAUUUUCUUCAAUAGAGUAGACAGAGACGCGGCUGCAGUAUUGGGGAGAGUUCGAGUGUCAGUUUUGCAAUACGGAAGACUUUUGCGGAAAGUAUGCUGAAAGGAUAAUUGAUAGGGGAUAUGCAGCGCUCUGUGCAAGGGAGCGUGUAGGAAGCGGUGUGAUUAGAACACGUUUUGUGUGAUGCUUAGUUGGAUAGGUGUUUAUAAUUGCGGAAGGAUUUUUCAUUUGGAAGUGUUUGGUUGAACGGAAGAAAAAUCGACAAGGAUUUUUUCGAUGUGAAAAUAUGUCCUGUAUAGGGCAAGGAUUAUGUAAAGCAUCAGUAGAAGCAGAAGCAAUGUGGUAUUGGUUGGACACGGGACGUGCCUCCAGGAAAGUCACACGACCGAGUUUUGCGUAUGGGAAAUUGCGACAUCUGAUUUAAUUGAUUUUUCUCUUCGCAAUCGGCCCAGCUCUCUGGUUGGGAGUUUUUUUUUAUUAGUGCAUAUACAGCUGAGAGGCACCUCGCACCCGAGGGAAUCAGGUUGGGAAAACUGUCCCAAAAGAGGAUUCACGCACUGCAGAGUGAAAACGAGGAUUCGUGUUAUUCGGAUGCGUUGCCAUAGAGUGGUGCCCAGUGCUGUCGCCACGGAUCCAUGCCGAUAACGUCAACGUCCUAGAAAAUACCUUUGCAGUGAACGGCAGCAGUGUUCCAAGCAGUCGGAUAUCGAUGUUGUCAGUGAGAGAGUGCUACUCUGCGGUGGAAAAUGGGUUAAAUGGAUUGACCUAGGCCGCCGUCGUUAGUCUACAUAGUCAACGUAUGUGAGAGAACCUGGCCAGAGGCGUUUGUUCUACAACAGCAGUACAAACGACGAAAGGCUUAAUUCAAUUAAAAUCUAGACACAAGACAGUACAGUGUAAAUGCGACGUGAGGAAAGUGAAAAUUCAAUCCUCGCCGUGAACGAUAGUACCAGAGAGUGCUAAGCCGAGCAGAGAGUGUGUGCAGAAUUUUCCUCGUUUUUUUCCUAAAGCGUUGGGAAGAAAUAGAAGCAGCAUAAUCACAAGAACAUAGCAGUCACAACGACACGGUGGUAGCAGGCGGUGUGUUGAACAGCAGUGUCCACGAACCGCAUCGAAGGAAACUCUAGAGGAAGAGCGCACAGGCCUACUAUACUAAAAAAAAACUAUCGCAGCAGUGAGCCUCCUGAGUAGUCUACGACUACGGCGAGAGUGCGAGAGUCUUCUAUAUCCACUCGCGGAAAAACGACCGGAGUACGAACUAACGAGGAUUUUCCUUGGCCCACUAGAAGAGAGAGGAAAACCCAGUGGCCCCACGAGAGGAAUCACUCACACCGAACGGAACCACCAGGAAGGAAGGAUCGCUUUUCGCCGGUUGCACCCGUCAUUGGUCUGUGCUGUUGGCCAACAUCAUUUAGUAGUUGAUUGCUGCUGAGCCGCGUGUGAACACUUCCCUGAUAGCUUUUAGGAAGCAAGUUGAGCAUUUCGGGAAAUCGUUUGGAAUUAUACCUUCGGGUUUGGUGUUAAACAAUUAGGUAAUCGACUAGCUUUUUGCCGAAGAAGGCAAGUUUUUUUGGAGACGGAAAAACCGAUCAAAAGAAAAGGAAAAGGAAAAUCAAUUUACUUGUGUAGUUGUGUACAAAUUUUCUACAUCCACAUAUAUACACUCUUGUUAUUUCUUUUGGUCGACCCCGUGUUCUGUAGUUGCCGUGUGUACAUAAAAAAGCAAAAGGAGCGUGUAAAAAACAGUACGAAGAAUCUGUUUCAGUACCGCAGUGGGACGUUAAUUACAUAAGAAUAAACUUGAUUUUUGUGUGUUUUUCGGUUUGUUUAAUUAGAACGAGUUUGUCAGUGUACAGUAAUUGUCGAAUAGAUGCUUUCGUUGCCGGUGAAUGACAGUUCAAGCCCAAACAGUAACGCUUCUGAAACUGCGAGUGUUUAACCAGUGCUUAGGUAGCUAAUAUUUGAUGAAAUUCAUUGUUGUUUGUGGAUAUAUCCGAUUUGCGAUUCGCGAAAAAUAGUGCUAGUGGUAGAGAAGAUACUACAAACUGGAAGACACAAUUUUAGUCUUCUCUGAAGUUUUAACAACGAAACGAACAAAUAAUUGUGCUUAACGUGGUUGAAGCUUUUACACGCUGUAAAGCAGUAUAUAUUUAGCCGUGUUUCGUGUGCCGUGAAAAACCCAAUCAUAAUCCCCGUUAAUAAUAAAUAGACAAUCGACGAAUUCGUUUUUUUCUGAGUUGGACCACGCGUUCGACCGAAAAAAAAAGUGUCGGCGGGUCAGCGAGAGGACAUCCACUGCCCUGCCCUGGCGCGGUUGAACUGUGAUGGUGCUCUACGUGAAGGAUUUCUAUCGUAAGGAGCCCGACCGGCUGAGGCAGCCGCGACUCGUGUAGCUCUGCCAUGAACAAGCAUCUCUGGAAUAGCGAUACAUCCUGGGGAUGUGUCCAGGCGUUGCUGGCGCUGAUCCUGACCAUCCUGCUGUUGCCCGGUCCAGGUGGCGCAUUGGACCCUGGCAUCGACCUUCUCGACGCGCUAAGUUUACACACAAAUUUAUCCCAAUUUCAAGGGGUUACAGUCACACAAGAGUAUCAACAUCAAAGGGUAUUUCAUUUGUCAGGUGGCGAUCGAAAUCUUGUCCUUCCGACAUCGGUUUUUCACCGGGCCGUGGACCAGAUGAAGCGGACGUCAGAUUUUACGUUUGCCGUCGUCCUGAAGCAGGAGCAAGCUAACUCUGGGACCAUCGUUUCCUUUUCAAACGGAAACAAUAGGUAUUUAGAAUUACAAUCAAGUGGAAGACGUGACGAAAUACGUUUUCAUUACACACACAUAACAGCAGCGGGCGCGACGCAGACAUACACCGAGUCCUUUCCGUAUCGGCUCGCUGACGACGCCGAGCACAAGGUGGCGCUAACGGUCAGCGGCACCGAGGUGCAGCUGUACAUCGACUGCCAUCCACUGUAUAAACGAGUGACACAUUUUUUACCAGAUAGAAAUUUUAGUGCUUCCAAUAUGCAAUUAUUCGUCGGACAAAGAAACUCAAAUAGUCAUUAUUUAUUUAAGGGUGAUUUAAAAGAUUUACGUAUUAUCACCGGCCCGUACGGUUAUUUAUCACAAUGUGAACUAAUGGAUGCACAAUGCCCCACCUGCGGGCAGUACUUAGAGUUAGAAAAUGCUUUACUAGAUUUAAAAGAAAUGAUUACGCAUUUAACAAGAAGGCUAGUGGAUGCAGAGAAGCGCGUUUCGAGUAUAGAGGAAUGUGAUUGUAAAAAAUCAUGCCUAAUUAAUGGUACAAGUAAAAACGAUGGUGAUAUAUGGGAUAUAGGUUGCAGUCAGUGUAAAUGUGAGCGAGGUAAAGUCACGUGUGGUCCAAGACCAUGUCCAGAGGUUAAGUGUAAACAUCCAGUAUUAGAGGAGGGUGAAUGUUGUCAUAAGUGUUUAAAAAGUUGUUACAUUAAUAAGAGAGACUAUGAACACGGCGAGAAGCAGAUCCUAGGCUGUAGAAACUGCGCGUGCAUAAACGGCAAUAUGAUGUGUGAUAUGCUGCAGUGUCCGGAGCUGAAGUGCCCCCCGGAGCAGCAAAUGUCGGUGACGGACGAGUGCUGUAAAUUUUGUCAAGGAGUGGACUAUUGCUCAAAGGGUCACGCAUGUCAUACUAACGCUACGUGUCUUAAUCUUAACACCAAGUACACGUGUACCUGUCGCUCGGGCUUCCACGGAGAUGGGUAUGAUUGCUCUGACAUCGACGAGUGUGCUCAGCAAGGUGGUCUCAAUGGUAAUCACUGCCAUCUGAACACGCGCUGCGUCAACACGUUCGGUUCGUACGUGUGCGAGUGUCUGCCCGGCUACCGGCAGCUGGACAAGUUCAACUGCAUCGAGGUGGACGAGUGCAAGUCCGGGGAGCACAGCUGUCACCAGCAUGCGGACUGCAUCAACACGGCCGGCUCGUACCACUGCCGGUGCAAGGCCGGGUACGAGGGCAACGGGUACGACUGUAAACCGGUGUGCAAUCAAACUUGUCUGAAUGGGGGCGAAUGCCGGGCGCCCGGAGUGUGUACGUGCCGGGCCGGCUACGUGGGGGAGUCCUGCGAGAAGGAUCUGGAUGAGUGUGCGACCGGGGUGCACCGGUGUAAGGAAACAACGAACUGUGUUAACAUGCCAGGAUGGUACUUUUGCAAAUGUAAGCCUGGAUUUGAAACCAAAGGAAAAGAUUGUGUAGAUAUAGAUGAGUGCUAUCUGAACACGCACAGCUGUCACAUGACGGCCCGGUGCGUGAACACGCAGGGACAUUUCGAGUGUGUGUGCCCGCCGGCCGAGGCACGGUCAACGAGCGGGGCGGCGCUGACGGCCCUAUCCAGUCUCGGUGCAUCCCGCGAGUGUAGGUUAAGUUGUGUGUUCGAGGACAGUGAGAUUCCGGACGGGGGACAGAUCUCGCCCCGGAAUCAACCCUGUAAGGUGUGCACCUGCUCCAAGGGGGUCAUCAGCUGCGUGGAACCACCAUGCAACUGUUCGACCUGGCGGAGGGGCAGCGGGCGCGACCUGUGCUGUCCGCAGUGCGAUCCCAAAGAGUCCUGUCAGCACCAGGAGCUGAAGCAUGUGACGUUCCGCAGUGGAGAGCAAUGGAUUUACCAGUGUCAGACGUGCGAAUGUCUGUACGGUGAAUUCGACUGCUGGAAGCUGGAGUGUCCACCGCUGACUUGUGAUAAUCCUCUCCCGAUGGGAGCGGGCGACUGCUGCCCACGAUGUCCGGACGAUAUGUGUGGGUUGGACAACACAACCGCGGCCAACGGUAACACUGGUGGCUCCGGGAACUCGUGCCUGUACGACCAACACAUCUACGCCUCUGGGCAGACGUUUAAGUACUCGUCCAGGGAAUGUGCCACCUGUUCCUGCAAGGUCCCCUACUGUGCCCAACUGGUGAGCAAUUCCGCGUGUUGUGUGCAUCGGACGGUAAGAUCACCUGCCGUUACGAUGAUCAUUGUGAUGACGAUGAACUACGAACGGCUGAAGGGGCUCCUGCAAAUGAUAGUGUUAAGGGUAGUAUUUCUAAUAAUAAAUCAUCGCAAACAACGACCCCAAAGACAUCACCACAACAAACAGCAGACUACGGCAGUAGUCUCGCAACAACGACAGCCACGACGAACCCACCGCCAGCAUCACCAGCACCAUCAUCAUCAGCCACGGCCGCUCCAGAUCAACCAGCUGCAUCGUCUUCAUCUGCCGCAUCAUCUCCAGCAAUACCAAAGCCAAGUUCCACCCGCUCGACGCAGCAACAGCAGCAGGAGGCACAACACCAACCGAAGCCACGAGCUCGAAGUCCAUCAACUGCUGCGAAGAAGCUACUCAAACGAUCGCUACCAUCUGAUGUGGCCACUUAUCCUGAGACCACACCGUUUGCAACACCUCUCCGAAGGUAUAUUGGUAACUAAGUUCAUCAAGUCAAGUAACGAACUGGUCAGCCCAACAAUCAUCUGAUUGUGGUCUGUUUCAUAACUUCUUCACAUCCCGAACACAUUUGCUCCAUUCACUCAUUUCCAUCAACGAAAAACUCAUAGAAGACACAGUACUGUUCAUGAUUAAAGGAUCCCAGUUAUCAGUCACAUAACUUACUCCAUGAUGUUCAAGUGGGCACCUAUUUUACCUAUUGAGUGUACGAUUGUUUUGUAAUUUGAACUAGCGAUUGAAAAAGUUUAUCAAACACCAACGAAUCACAUUCAUAGAAAGGCAUGUUUUAAUAGACAGCAGAAUCAAAUGCAGUUAGAAACUUUGAAAUUUAAUUACAUUUUGUAACUUGAAAUUUAAAAAAAAAAAUAUGGCUAUGACAGUAACAACGAAUUGCCCAAAACGACACAACCAGUACUUUACCAAAUUCCAAAAUCUACCGUCAGCGACAUUUCUCUCUACAUUUAUUCUACAGUUCUUACUCUAUCUUUAUGUCUUUUCUAUCGAAAACAAAAGCUCCGCAAGAAAAACUAAAAAAGCAAAAGUUUAACGAUAAACAAAACACGAAAAUGUAACCAAGCGCAUCAAAGAAAGAGGUCGGUAAGUAUGUAGCGAAACAAAACACAGACGUUGAGAAACUGACAAACAAAAGAAACAACACAAACAACGCUUAGAAGGUUAACUACUAAUGUUCACUAGAAGAAAUGGAACCCAAAUCAAAAACUACCAGUUUAAAAAAGGCUCGAAUCAUUGUUAGCUAUUAGAGAGAGAGAAGGAGAACAUGAGAAGUUCGUUUUUGUUGAAAUCGCAGCUCUCCAAACGAGGAUGUGGUCGAAGGAAAUUUGCUCGAACGCGUUACCAUCAGGUGCAGUGCAAUCCCUUCCAUUUUUAUUCAUAUGAUAAUCGUUGAGAAAUUGUUGUGAGGUGAAUUAUUUAUUCUUUGCGAUUUUCUGAAAACGAACUGAUGAAAUGGGUCGUUUUUCAAUUUUUUCAAGAUAAAUUUGUGACCGUGAGGCGAAAACUGGGACUGUUCCUUUUCUGAUUUUGACCACACUACACAUUCAGAUCAAUCAUGUCCCAUUACACCCUAACCAGUGGAUGGCAGAUUUUAAUACAGUACUGCAUAAAAACCUUUCAGAUUUUGGAAGAUUUUAAUACAACCAUUGUAUUGAAAUCUUACAAUUCUGUAUUAUUUUAAUACAGUAUCUGUAUAAGAAGCUUACAUUUUUGUAUUAAAACCUUGCAGAAUUGUAUAUGACACGGUUUUAUCCAAUAAUUGUAAGAUAUGUUUUUUGGGUGUACGAAUACUACACAACAGGCUUCAUGGCACAAAUUUUUUAAAGUUUUAUCCAUGGUUUUAACCAUUUGGUUAUUUAUCUUCCUUGGUAAGUGCACUCUUCGUAUAAUCGUCAAAUAUUCGCCAAGUUCAGCUGAUAUUUAUCAGACUGAGCAGUAGAAUGGAGUCACGAAUUCAAGAUGUACCAAAUGUUUCGUUUCAUGUACUUUUAUGUCAUGAUGUAGUGAUCGCGAGACACUAUUCCAAUACCCAUUUAUUAAUUUAGAAUGAUCUAACACCGUUAAUUAUCUUCUAUCUGAAUUUUGACCCCCAUUACAUUCUACUUUGGCAGAAAUUUUGAAUUUCCGUACAAGCUACCCGUCAAUAAUGUCCCAUUAAAAAUAUUUCAUUCCACAACCUCUUCUGCAUUAGUAAAUCAGAACUCCUCAAGAAAGGCAAUCGCAUAUAUCAAGGAUUCUGUUCACAAAAUUUAAAAAAAUGAAAACUCGAUUGAAAAAUAUCCCAUGGUUGAAAACUUCCUUGAGCAUAAAUUAUUCGCCAACAAAACGCAAUCGAAGCAAUUUCCUUCUACCAAACCACUAACCCAUAAGUAUACAUUCCUAAACUCAGAAAAAAAUGAUCACAUAAUUUUGCUGGCGUUAAGUAUUAAAGGAAAGGCAACUUUGCAGUGUAAGAGGCAGAACGCAAACAAAUAUGUCGAAUGCAGUAUGUUUAAGAAAUACAAACACAUGUAAAUAAUAGUUGAAUAGUGUGUAAAAAGCCCUAACUAAUAAACCAACGCAAAAAAAUGGCGCAUAAUCGUUUCCCUGAGGUUAUAUUAUUUAUUACUACGUGCGUGAAGUUUCCAUCGAAACAGCAUCACGACUUAAGAAUACUUUUGAUUUUCCUAUCAAUAGUCGGUGCUGACUAUUAUACCACACCCAAUAUCGAAACUCCUAAUCCAAGUAUUGAGCCGUACCGAACACAGCGAAAAUUCUGCAAUCGAAGGUAAAACGCCUAACUGUUCUACUACUAUGGUUCGAUCGAUUGUCACAAUUCUAGUCAAUUUCAGUUAAUUGUUAAGUGUAACUUAUUUAUUACCAAGUCUUAUUUUCGGUACCAAAACGAUUUAUUCUCCUCAUUUACAUUAAAUCCGUUAUAAUAAUAAAAGGAAACUGAACAAAAAUGAACAGCAUGAAACAAUCAAACACAUUCGUUAGGAAAGUAAAGAGACGGUAUUUAACCUACUGUAAGAAAGUGCAUUUUUAUUUGUAGGGAUGAUCUAUUAGCGUUAUAAAAUAGAAGAAAUAUCUAACUGUAAACAAUCAGAACACAGAACGAAAACCAAAAUACAUCAACGACAUUUUGGAGACUUGAACGUGGCUUCGAAACAGAAAACAUACGAGCAUUGAACGAAAAACAAAACACUGUUAAACACAGAACAACCAAAACCAUUUAUAGUUAUAGAUCAUUUAGUUUUCCAACAAAAAAAAAACAAAGGAAAAUCGAACAAGAAAAUAGUAGUUCCUUCUGCCCAAUGUACCACAUUGCAAGUGUUGUAAAUUUGAUACAAUAUAAGCUGGAAGUUUUACGACUGAAUAGACCCUGAACCAGUUGCGAAUGAGAGCGAAAACAGAACGAAGAUAUUGAAAAAGGGGAAAGAUAUGUUUGUGUGCGCAUUAUGGUAAAAAAAAUCAGCAUGUUAAAUAUGUAAGUAGGAAUCUAAAUCAACUCAAGUAAACAAUAGUUUAAUUUGCUGGCGCUCGUCAACCACAAACAAUAACAAACCAAUGUAACUGCAAGAAAGAAUUAAACCUAGAGGAAACCAUCGCAAUUAACUACCGAGUUUACAUGUAGAAGUUUGUUUGUGUUCAAUCAGUGUGACAGCCGCGGUUUUUUGUCACGCCUCUCGAUCUGACAGUUUGUGUUUUUGGUGUGCGUGUAAAUAGUGUCGCAAGCAGUAUAUAGUAUACAAAUAUAUAUAUGGUAAAUGUUCAGCGCUAAUGUUUUAUUUUUUUGCCAAGCAAAAAUCAGCUUCGACUAACAAAACAAUGGGGGCGCAUUGUAUUCGAAGACGGAAGCAAAACCGAAGAACUCCUACCACACAAGUACACGUGAAGGACGUUCAGGAUUGCGACAACUACACAACAAUGAACAACAAAAUGCUCUCUAUUUAUAGACGGUGUAUUCGAUAAUACUCUCCUAAGUUUUUGGCCUUUUGAUGAAUGCAAUGGAACCUAAUGCGGAGCGAUAUAAAUAGCGCUGUAUUUAGCGUCAAAUUAAAUAUAACGACAAAAAUGUAAUAAGGGAAAUAAUACAAUAAAAUUAAACUCUAAAUUGAUCUAAACAAAAUGUAUGGUAGGACAAAAAUAAAUUAUUAACUGUCAUGUAACUAUCACUAGUUAAGUUUCUAAUCCUAGCGAGUAUAAAUAAAUUCCUGUAAAUACUAGUUAAUAAUAAAAAUAAUAAAUUGAGAAAAACAAAAGGUAGAAUCUAUGGUGAUGAAAAAAAUUAGGGAGAUGAAGACAAUGAAAUGAAACCAACUGGAAAACAAAAGAAAUUCUCUCGUUUAGAUAAGCACAGAGAGUGAGAAACCGUAACCGAUUGAAAUUAAUACACGGCAUAAGGCAGACAAACAGGAAACGGGGAAUUCAAACAUAGAAAACGAGAAACAAUUAUGAACAAAAUAACAGUGUAUAGUGUUUAGAAAAUUGUAAUUUUAUUUGGUCUUUAUAUUUAUAUUAAAUAUAUAUUUUAACAAUUUCUUUUAAUAAAAACAAGCCAAUUAAAUGAACAAUUAUCCAA